AUGACCCGAGUCAUCCUUCCUGCUCACAGCGCCGCCGUUCAGCAGACGCGUCUCUCCUCCGGUCAUGCCAUUGCCAACCCCACACUUGCUGGCAUUGAGAAGCGCUGGGAGGCCAUGCCACCUCAGGAACAGGCCGACUUGUGGAUGCAGCUUCGGGAUCGUAUGAAGGUUGACUGGCAUGAGAUGACUCUGCAGGAGAAGAAAGCCGCCUACUGGAUUGCAUUUGGAGCCCAUGGCCCACGUAAGGAGACCCCCAAGGGCGAGGGCUGGAAGGUUCUCUCCAAGGUCACCCAGUUGGUCGCUGUCUCGGUUGCUAUCUUCUACAUUACUCGUCUCUUUGCUAAGCCUCCACCACGCACAAUGACCAAGGAAUGGCAAGAGGCUAGCAAUGAAUAUGCCAAGAGAGAAAAGAUGGAACCUAUUACUGGUAUCAGCAGCGAAGGCUACGAGGGCGAAGGAUUCGUGCAGAGCCCACCCGAGAAGAGUUCAUAA